AUGACAGAAGAAAGACAGCAAUAUGCUACGACAAUUCUAACGGAGAAAGCACCAUUCGAAUCUACAGAAACUAUUAGAAUUAGAUUAUCACAGGCCAAAUUAAUGAACAAAAAUACUUAUGACUUAUUUAAAGGUAUUUCUGAUUUGAAGAAAAAUUAUGUAAAUGGAUUAACUAAAUUAAUAAUGGCUAAUGAGGAUAUCGAUCAAAAAUUAAAGUCCCAAAUGGUAGCAGCAGGGGUCUUAACCAAAGAUGAAUUACAGUUAUUUAAUUUUAAUUCAUUAGGUGAUGUUUCUAUGGUUUGGGAAACCGCAAUGGCUGGAUUAAAAGCAGAUGCCAAAGCAAACACACAAUUAUAUAGAGCUUUGGAAAAUGAUGUCCUUGGCAUGCUAAAAGGAAUCACUGAAAAUGAUGGUAGAUGGGGAAGAAAUUUAAAAAUUUACUAUAUGAAACUUUCUGAAAAUGUUCAAAAUAUGAAAUCCAAACAAGAAGCUAAUAAAACAAAUACUAAUGAAUUCUUUGAAGCAGAGAGAUUAUGGGAUUCUCAAGCACCAUAUCUAUUUGAAUUAUUUGAACAAGUUGAUUAUUCCCGUCUAGAAGGUAUGAAAAAUGCAAUGCUGACUUACCAAACUGGAAUUUCUGAUUAUUUAAUCUCUUCUACAAAACAUACAGAACAAGAAAUGAAAAAUUAUUUUGAAUUUGAUCCUAAUCUUGAAAUUGAAAGAUUUGCUCAAGAUUCAACAAAGUUUGAUUUUAAUAUGUUUUCACGUGUCUCUAUGAUGAAGAAUGAAGAUUUAAAGCAACAACAAUUACAAACUACCCCAAGAAAAGAUGAUAAAAGAAAAUCUGUUUUUGGUCACAAGUUUGGUUCAAGAUCUCCCUCAGCUGGUAAUUUGAUGAAUAGCGAAUUUUCAGACUCCACAAAUAAUAUUUCUUUAAAUGGUGCUGGUAAGAAAAAGGGGUUGAAAUCCAAAGUCGGUUCUUUCUUGAGAAGAACUAAAUCAAAGAAAAUUGAAGGUGCAGGUACUUCCAAUAAUGGUAGUAGAUCACACAGUGGUUCAGUUCCACCUCAAUCUAUUCCUACAAAUCAAUCUGGUACUGGUAAUAUUAUUCAACAUCCUGAAGAAGAUGAGGAAGAUGCUUAUGAAGCUAGACGUGAUUACCACGUACAAUCUUCUAUGGAUAAAGCUGCUCAGCCUUCAGAAAAUAUUAAUGGAGAACAUGACAAUUUUGGUUCCCAUGCUGGUGCAGAAACAAUCCCUGAAGAACAUGAACCUACACCAAACCCAAAACAAACUACUUACAAUCCAUUUAACUCUGUAACUAUGCAAAAUACAUUUUCAGAACAACAAACACCCAUGCCUUCUCCACAGCAACCUUCUACUUCAUCCCCACAGCAAGUGUCAAAUUAUAAAACUUUGAAUCCAGCAGCCACAACUCCUUUCAUGUCACCUUCUACCAAUUUAUCCUUUAGUCCAUCUCCAAAUGAACGAUCUCAUACUAGUACAAGUAUCUAUGACUCUAUUGUUAUUCCUCAACAACAAUCUUUGCAACCACAACAGCAGCCUUUGCAGCCUUUGCAGCCUUUGCAGCCUUUGCAGCCUCAGCAACAACCAUUAGAACCCCAACAACCUCAGUCUAUGACAUCUCAACAAGUUUCCUCAUUAGCUGCUCCUUUACAAGGACAACAAGGAUUUACUGGACAAAGCACAUCUUCUAUUGGACAGGCUUUAAAUAUGGUUAGUAGUACGCAAGCCAACGUAUUAGCCAAUCAAGUAACACCAUUACCUCAACAGUUUACCGGCCAAUUGAAAGAAUUGGAUCCUCAAUCCACUGGUACUACAUCAUUAGCAUCAGGCCAAUCAUUAUUUCAACAUUCUAAUUUUGAAACUUCUAAGGUUGGAUUGAACGCAAGUGUAGCUGAAGUUAUUAAUGCACAAUUUAAGAGUGGUGUAUUGGUUAAUUCUCAAUUAGUCGGGGAAAUAGCAUUAAAAUAUGUUUCUAAUACAUUAACACCUACACUAUUGCCAGUUGGUAUUAAUUUGAAAAUUUCCAAUGCAUCUAAAUUCGAGUCAGUUAUUUUAAACCAAGCUUUUGUUCAGAAGACAGAUAUAGAACAAUUUAAAAUAGUUCCUCAAUUUAUUGAUCAGAGAACAUUAGGUGCUAUCAAGUAUUCUGUUAACAAUGUUCCCGCACCAAUUGUAAUUCAGCCAAUUUGGAAAUUUGAGCCUACCCAAGCCAGCAUGGUUUUGAUUAUUAAGGUUUCACCAACAGCACCAAUAGAAAUUCAGCAAUUAGUUUUGGAAGAUUUCCAAGUAUUUACCUCUGUGGAAGGAUGUAAUACAAUUGGUGCUUUAUCCAAACCACAAGGCUCUUUCAGUAAAGAGAACAGAAGAAUUGCUUGGAGAUUUAAAGACCCUAUCAUUAUACCAAGAGACGGAGAACAAAGAUUAAUUGCUAGAUUUUUGACUGACCAACUUGCACGUGAAUCUGAAAAGGGUGUAACAGUUAAGUUCACCAUUCGUGGCCAAAACCUUGGUAGUAAUUUGUUCUUACAAUCUCAAGAAAUCGAUAUGGCUAAUCCAUUUGGAGGCUCAUGGAAUAUAGUAGAUACUAAUAAAUCGCUAGUUGGUGGUAGUUACCACGGAUCGAUGUAA